UAAACUCGCCGUCGGGAGGAAGACACGGGCGGUCGCGGUCGGGAGUGUUGUUAAUCGCCAUGGAUUGCAGAGUCUGUUACAGCGGCUUUGAUCACGGGAGCCACCUGCCGCGCAACCUCAGAUGCGGCCACUCCUUCUGCACCAGCUGCCUCGCCACCCUCCUUCACGGGAAGCGCCUGUCGUGCCCCGAGUGCCGAGGGAGGCAGGCGGUUCAGGGCGGAGUCGAGGGCCUUCCCGUCAGCCACGCCGUGCUCCGAAUACUGGCGGCUAAGUACUGUGAGAGCAGCGGCAGGGGGGAGCCCGCCUUCGUGCCUCCCAGGCUGGAGACGCGGCGGCCGCAGGCGUGGUCGAGCCCCGUUGGCACAGCCUCGUGGAGGGAGUGUACCGAGCAGAUCCUCGAGAGCAACUUAAAGCACGUGAAUCUCCUGACGAGGGCGUUGCAGCAGCAGCAGCGGGUCGCCCAGUGCCUGGAGGAGGAGGCAGAGAGGUGCAGGCAAAAGCAAGCGACGAUCAGAGAGGUGAAAGAGGAACUCCUCCGCUGCAAGACACGACUGGACGAGGCCCAGUCACAGGAGGACAUCGGAGACCCAGGGACGCAGCAGCGGCCGCACUUCAAGUCAUCACAGUGGUACGCCGAUCAGCAAAAAGUCCUCUGUGAAUACUUGGAGGUAAACAAAACGACGAAAGCAGACUUAGGCAAGCACGGAAAACACAUAUACAGUAAUAACAGAUGUAUUAUGGCCAUUUCGAAUGACUUGUUUCAUGGCAAAAGCUACGACGUGGCUGGAUAUGACAUCGAUGCGGUCUCUGACGUCACUCUUCUCUUUGGUGACGUCACUGGGUAAUUUAAAGAGAUAUCCUUCAUUUUUAUUCCUUCUCUUCCCUUUCUUCUUCCUUUUCUUCCCUUUCUUCUGUUGAAUCUCAUUUCUCUUCAGCAUAUCCUUUUUAUUAUUAUUAUUAUUAUUAUUAUUAUUAUUAUCAUUGUUAUAUUUUUCAUUUCUUUUCUCUAUUUCUCUCCUGAUUCUCUUCUAGUUACUUGUUCUUUUUCUAGUUUUGUUUUCCUUUUCUUCCUUUUCUUGUU